GAGGAGGACGAGGAAAGUCCUGGCCCACUUGGUGUCGGUCAUGACAAAUGCCAGCUUUCAAAUCCGAUGUUCACUGAUAAUUCUGCAGGAUCAAAUACCUGCUAUUCAUACACCCCAGUUACUGUUGACUCUAACUUGAUAUCACUGUUCUCCGAGUUGCCCCAUCUUUCCUCUAUAUGCCUUGGUGGAAGUGGUCUGAAAUUCCAUCUGGUGAGUCUGAUCACUCUCUGUCGGCUUUAUAUCGCGAUUGGAGAAUCAGUGACAUUUUAUAAUCGUUCUCGAUUGCGUCGCCUCAUUGUCGACAUGGCCUCUUGUGGUAUCGGCGCUCCCCCUCCUCCACCAAGGAAUGUAUCUGCUGCUAGUGGCUCCAUGGAUGAUUAUCACUACUGUCUUGAUCGUCUGACCGGCGCCGGCUCUGAUGAAGUGGCCAGACGGCGGGCGGCAGAACAGUGUAUAGCUCAGCUUAUCGGACAGCCCAACUGGAGAUUCUUGCCGUCUGAGCACUUUGUGGCUUAUAUCAAUUGCUUCUUUCGAUGA